GGCGGGGCCGGAUCGGCGGCCCCGCACAGCCCGGGCUCUAGAGGCAAUAGUGUGGAAGUGAGGUUGGUAGUGUCCUUAGCAAGGAGGUUGUACCUAGACUAAUUCUCAUCUGCUCUGAGCUUGGUGGCUGUGCCUGAGCAAUCACAGCAGAUUUUUCAGACAGUAAUACUGAGCAUAUGCUUCAAGGAUGUCUCUCUCUCUCAUAAUAAAAUGGGGCGGACAGGAGUACACGAUAACCUCGCUGUCAGAAGAAGACACAGUGUUGGACCUGAAGCAGUCUCUGAAAGGCCUCACUGGAGUGUUACCAGAGCGUCAAAAACUGCUUGGGCUUAAAAUGAAGGGCAAACCUGCAGAUGAUGAUGUUAAGCUUGGAGCCCUCAAGUUGAAACCAAAUACUAAGAUAAUGAUGAUGGGAACUCGUGAAGAGAGUUUGGAAGAUGUCCUUGGGCCACCUCCAGAUAAUGAUGAUGUGGUCAAUGACUUUGACAUUGAAGAGGAAGUUGUGGAAGUAGAAAAUAGGGAAGAAAAUCUACUAAAAAUUUCCCGUAGAGUUAAAGAAUACAAAGUGGAAAUUCUGAAUCCUCCUAGAGAAGGGAAAAAGCUGCUGGUACUAGAUGUUGAUUAUACACUGUUUGACCACAGGUCUUGUGCAGAAACUGGGGUAGAACUGAUGAGGCCAUACCUUCACGAAUUCCUGACUUCUGCAUAUGAGGACUAUGAUAUUGUAAUUUGGUCUGCUACUAACAUGAAGUGGAUUGAAGCCAAAAUGAAAGAGCUUGGGGUGAGUACCAAUGCAAACUACAAGAUAACUUUCAUGCUGGACAGUGCUGCCAUGAUAACAGUGCACACGCCUCGGAGAGGACUAAUAGAUGUGAAGCCUCUUGGUGUGAUCUGGGGAAAGUUUUCAGAAUAUUACAGCAAAAAAAAUACUAUUAUGUUUGAUGAUAUUGGCCGAAACUUCCUGAUGAACCCACAGAACGGACUCAAGAUAAGGCCUUUUAUGAAAGCACAUUUAAAUCGGGAUAAAGACAAGGAGCUGCUAAAGCUCACCCAAUACCUCAAAGAAAUAGCAAAAUUAGAUGACUUUUUGGAGCUGAAUCACAAACAUUGGGAAAGGUAUCUUUCGAAGAAGCAAGGACAAUAACACUAAUAAAACUGUGUGGCACUGAAUUGAAGGGAACAUCACUAAGAUCAUUGGACUUUUCCUUGCUUUUGUGCUAGAGUAUAAUAGUGCUGGACACUGGACCCAAUGCCAGAACGACUGCUAAACUUGGUCUUCCAGUUGGUUGGUUGUGGGUUUUUUAAAAGAUCACAGUAAUAAGCUCAAAGUGGGAGAAACAAGUCAGUUGCUUUUUCUUGCAUUCAGUUCUGGUGUUACUUCUCAAAAUACUUUCCUCUCCUUUGCUGCUGAAGUACAACCAUAACCAUCAAAGACCAAAACCAUUCUGAGACUAGGAAAAAAAAAAAUAUUUAGACCAAAAAAGUUGAUUAAAAAGCCAACCUUGGCAGUGUGUGAAUUGUAUAAGUCCUCUAUUCCCUCCAUCUUUAGAAACAGUCUCCCUCUCCCAUUCCAGUAUUUAAGUCUAUGAAUUACAAGUUGUCUAAGUUUGGUAUGUAUUAGUAUGUCAGUGUUUCUCUGUGCAAGACAGUAAGAUGGGAAAGUACCACCUGUGUGGCCAGGUUACCCCAGUGUGUGAACUUGUACUAUAAAGCAGUGUUUACUGGAAAACAAAAGAUUGAAGUUUGAGGGAGAGAAACCCACUGUUACUUGGUCAGUGAAAAGCAGUCUGCCUGAACAAAUCCCCGUAUGUCAGACAAAGGGUGUAAACCUCAGAUGGGAAAGUCACAUUCCUAACAAAGCAUGAACAAAACCCUUGUUCUCUUCUAGCUAAAUCUUGUCAAAGUGCAAACACUGUGUUUAAAUACAAUAUUCAGCCAUACUGUUCUUAAAAUAUCAUUUACUUGCGCUGCUUAUGCCUGCAGUAUAGAAGUGUGACGUGACUGCUGUUUGGCAUUUCCAACACUUGUGCAUUAUGCAGUUCAUGGAUUUGAAAGAAGACUGACCCUUUCAAAUAAAAAAAAUGGUAUAUAUUGUUCUUAAGGAACUAUAGCAGUUGUGUAAAUAAUAAAUACCUUUUUCAUA